AUGGAUGAAGAUGACAGCCAAGAUGAGCUGAUCAACCCCAGUACGUCCCACAAUAAGGGAAAAAGAGCUGCAGUGUGGGCCAUUUCAGAUGACUCGGAUGACUUGGAGGCGGAGUCUAACGAAGGUGAAUCUGAUAGUGAUGAUGAAGAUGAGGAUGAUCAAGGAAAUGGGGAAGAGGAGGAAGAGUAUGAUGAGGUGGAGGAGGAAGAGGAAGAGGAGGAGGACGAGGAGGAUGCAGAUCCUAAGCCUGAGGAUGGAGCUUUUGGGGGAACAUCUGCAGACGUAACGGGAAUGAGCUCAGAUGAGGACAGUGAUAAAUGUCCCAUCUGCCUCAACUCAUUCAGCAGCCAGCCUGUUGCUACACCAGAGAGCUGUGAGCACUACUUCUGUUUCGACUGCAUCCUUGAAUGGGCUAAGAAUGCAAACUCCUGUCCUGUAGACCGCAUUGCCUUUAGCAGCAUAUACCUUAGGAAAUGCUACGGAGGAAAAGUGAAGAAAAUUGUUACAGUUCAAAAGCCUGCGAAGGCAAGUCAAGAGGAAACUGUAGAUUUGGACCUGGAGCAAACCAACUGUGAGGUGUGUGGGGGCAGCGACCGGGAGGAUCGCCUCUUGCUCUGUGAUGGUUGUGAUGCAGGGUAUCACAUGGAGUGCCUCACUCCUCCUCUUGAUUCUGUUCCUGUGGAGGAAUGGUUUUGUCCUGAGUGUGAGGCACAUGGCCGCCAUUCCAGAGGUUCAGCUGAGGAACUCAGUGAUGCCGAUAGCCUUCCCUCUACUGCCCGUCCUGCCACCAGUCAAUCCCGACCUCGUGCUGCAGGUCCUACAAGAGCUAUUGCCCGCACCCAGCAGAGCGAGAGGGUUCGAGCCAAUGUCAACCGUCAUCGCAUCACACAGGCACGCACAUCCCAGUUGGCACCAACAUAUCUGAUGCAAUCAACUUGGCUGGAUGAAACCAUAAAUGCUGUAGUGGCAGGACUCAACACAGCUGUCUAUGUACGGGACCUCACACCUCGUGCCCACAUCUCAUCCAGACGCAGGAGUGGAAAGCGCAGAAAGGUGAAAAGAAAGAAGACAUCUGCUGCAAAGGGUAAAAAUGGGCGAAUGGCUAGCACGGGAGUUAGGAGGAAACGAAGAGUAAGGAGGACUAAAUCCAGAAAAAAGCUCUGGGAGAAAAAGACUGCAACUCCUAGGAGCCGCAUUGCUAAUAAUCUUGGCAUUGUGAAGAACAAGAAGAGCUCUUCACUUCCUACAGUAUACAGGCCGUCCGAGCACACGUUAAGCAACAUGCGUGCUGACAUAGGUGCGGCAUCUCUCUCUAUCUAUGGAGAUCCAUUUGACCUGGAUCCAUUUGUGGAACGAGAGGAGGAGGAACAGCAGGCCCGCGUUACAUCCCUGUUGGAGGCCAGGAGGCGAGGGAUCUCUCACUCUGCUCUUCGCUCUCACCAGCCCGUGGCUCGACCGGUCACCGCAAGCCUGUCCAGGAGGGGUGUCAAUGUCCAACAGCCAGGAGCUGUUGUGGAGGCAACUCCAGUCCCUGAUCUGCUGGGCAGCAUCCUGUCAGGACAGAGCAUGCUGUUGAUGGACAGCUCUGAUGUUGUCAUAAGUCGAGAUGGUUCUCUGAAAGCUACUAAGCCACUGACACCAUCUCCAUCACUACCAUGUAACAGGAGUAAUGAUAGCUCAGGCGAUGCCAGUGCCCUCAUCAACCCAGAGAUUUCACCAAACGUAGGAGACAGCUACAUUGGAGAUUUACCAGGGUCGUCUAACAGCCCUGUGAACAGACAUUUGACCCCGGAUUCAUCUCAUUUAUCCUCCUUCACGCCCUUCUUAUCAAACCAGACACAACCAACUCCCCAUCCUGAUGUACCACAAAGAAGGAAUCCUAGUUUUCAGUCCUGUCGGCCAAACAGAUCAACCCCUCCUCCUUGUCGCUUGGGGAUCAAUGAAUUAGGGGCCCCAAGGGCGGCCACUUUCUCAUCUGUUGAGUCUAACCUCAAAAGCAAAGACAUGGCUUCAUCACAGUUUCACAAGCCCAUGUGGGCCCAGAGACACCGGUCUGAUGGAGCAAGCUCAUCAUCAGCUUUCUCCAGCUCUUCUUCUUCCUCCUCCUCUGGCAAUUCCGCGAGCCAGCCAAGGUAUACCUCAUCUUCUUCAUCUUCAUCAGCUGUGAGUUUUCGCAUUAAUUCUAGUGGGAACUCCUGGCAAGCUCGGCGACUAAACAUGGCAUCGUCUUCAGUGAGUGGAAGCUUCAUGCAGGAACAAGGGAGAAAAAAGGAAGAUGAAGCAAAAAAGAAACAGUUGCACAAAGAUAAACAAAUGCUGCUGGCAUCACGUAGUAAAGAGCAAGACAGUGAUAAUAUAUAUGAUCCCUUUAAUCCCACUCUGUCUGAUUCAAGCAGCUCAGGUGAUGAAGCUGACAGCAUAAACCUGAAUAGCAGCCCUCAGCGAGUCACACAUGAGCAAAAGACUUCUCCAUUUGGGAACAAGGGGGGCUCAGCAGUAAGCAGGUGGGAUCUGGUGCCAGUGAAAACUGAAUCACAGGAAGUUAAAGUUUCACAGGAAGAGCCGGGAAGUUCUCAGAAUACCACAGAGAUGAAACUCUCAGGGGAUCGUAUCAAAGUUGAACAAGUAUCAAAAUUAGCUGAUGUGAAGGAUGAGACGCAGUCAUCCCUUGACAUUAAAGUUAAAAGAGAACCAAAAAUCGAGGACACAGAGGAAUCUCAAAGUUGUGGUGGGAGCAUUGGAAGUUACUCUAAUUCAGAGAGAGCAAACAGUACACCACCCGCUCAUCACAGCUUAGAUCAGUUAAAAGCUGAGAAAGAAGCACAACCAGAUGAUGAUGGACAAUAUGCUGGAGUGUCCCAUAGAUCUCAGCUUAAUCACAGGGAUAAUGCGUCAACAUCCAGGUCUGCUGCCUCCAAGAAAAAGCCAAGGGAUUCCACCUCCUCUUCCAGAUUUCCAUCAAGAGACUCGGACUUCAAGAGGCAAACUUCCAAAGCUUCAAAUGAGCAACAGUGUAGUAGUUCUGACACAGACAUUAUCAGAAGAGAACAUCAUCAUGCAUCAGGUCUGGAAAGUAAAAAAAAGGAAAGGGACAAAGACAAAGACAGGACAACAUCAGACAGCUCUCAGCCCAAAUCUCCUGAUAGGGCUCAGAGGAAUGGAGGAAGACGGCGUUCCCAGUCCCGAUCCAGAGAUGAGACUAGGAAGAGACGAUCUAGGUCUCGUUCCAGCUCUAGCAGCAGAGAGCGAUCAAGGAGGAAAAAACAAAGGAGCAACGAGAGAAAUGAUCGCAAAGGAAAAGACCAUGAGGGAAGGCGAGCGUCAAAAGAGGAAAGACGGGGUCGGUCCCGCUCAAGGUCAAAGUCACGCUCUCGGUCCCCAUCUAGAUCCAAGAACAACAAACCUGCUACAGCUCGCUCAGAAUCUACGUCUGGAUCCAGAGAAAGGAGGAAGGAUACCAAAAUGGAACAUUCUUCUCUCCCUUCCAGAAAUAAGGUAAAAUCACACAUUAAAGACCAGAACAGAAGGAGGUCUAGAUCCAGCUCAAGAGAGAAAAGGAAAGAAGGGCGAUCGUCCAGGGCUGCACAGAAAACUUCAGGCGUUUCAUCUUCCAUGAAUCAGUCACAGGAGCAGAAAAAAGAAAAACUUCCGUCUCGAAAAAACAUCAAAGAGGAAAAAUGUGUGGGAAAAGUUAUUAAAAAGGAAUUUCCAUCACAAACCUGUACCCCUCAAAUCAAAAAGGAAGAAGGUAACUGCCAAGCAGAGAGCCAGGCCACAACUCCUGAAACUACAAACGACAUAAAGAAUUUCAAAGAAGUCAAGGAAGAAAAACAACUAUCUUUGGAUAUGAAAGGUUCUCCCAUUAGUAAACCAAUUAAGACUGAAGAAAAGCCCUCAUUUAACUUGGAAUUAAGUAAGAAUAUUGAAGCAAAGGAAAAGCCCAUUAAAACAAACACUUUUGAAAUGGCCGUGAUUAAAUCUGAACCACUGUCUAGUCUCAUUACGCCUGUGUCAGCAGACAGCCACCGGGACACUCCAUCCCCACCUCAGGCAGUGUCAGUGGACUCAGCCGAGCUGCCUGUUCCUGUAAAACAGGAGUCUUUAGACUCGGAUGAAGACUUCAAUGUUGAUGUCAUGCUGGACAACCUGGAGUAUGCCAAAUCUCAGCAUACAGAGGGGAGAGGCACAACUGUCAAACAAGAGAAGGAACAAGUGGAAGGGAAAGAAGGCGGCGAACAGGCAACCGCUGCAACAGGAGCUAAGUCCAAAACACAGGUUAAGCGGGUUACGUGGAACAUUCAGGAACCAGAGGGGCCGAAGUCAGUGAAGAUCGCAGGCAAGCUGGCCCUCUAUAAACUGAAGCUGAAGCAGGAGGGAGCUCGCAGGCCUGCUUUUCCAGUCCAAACAUCCAGUCAGGACAUUGCUGAAGCUGUUAUUGACCCCUCUAAAAAGGAAGCUGUUAGUCUGCAUCGCGGAGAGUUACCACCCAGUAAACAAGGAGAGGUGGAAGAAGAGGAUUUAUCGAGAAAAGACAAGUAUUUGAAAAAGCUGCACAUGCAGGAGAGAGCUAUAGAGGAGGUAAAGCUAGCAAUCAAGCCUUUUUACCAAAGGAGAGACAUCAACAAGGAAGAAUACAAAGAGAUUUUACGCAAAGCAGUCCAGAAGGUGUGCCACAGCAAGAGCGGCGAAAUCAAUCCAGUGAAAGUGGGAAAUCUGGUGAAGGCAUAUGUGGACAAAUACAAGCAUGCUAGAAAACAUAAAAAGGGCGAGGAUUCGGGGAAGGUGCCUGAGGCACAAACGGAGGCAAUGGAAAUGAGUGACAGUCCAUGA